GAUGCUGUUUCCAGACUUCAAGAUUUUUUCAAGGCUGCGAACGGUGGAGUUGUUGAUGAUCCUCCCAUAAAAGUUUAUGGACAGCCUCUUCAUUACAAACCUAAUGGAAGUGGAGUUAAAAUAGCUCCUGAUGUUGCUGUAUAUCCAGAUACAGCAUUUGUUCCAAAGCCUGCUUUAUCAACCGUAGUACCCCGUCCUCCCAGCAAUGUAGCUGGAAAUCCACAUGCGCAGAUAAUAUGUGAGGUAGCAGAAGGUCAAAGUGUUGGUUAUUUAAGACAAAAGUGCUUGACUUGGAUGCGCGAACAAUAUGUUCGUGCGGUUGUUAGUAUUAAGAUUUUAGAACCAAGACCAGGGAUUCGAGAACCUACUACUGGUUAUUUUUAUAGAACAAUGACG